AUGGACGGAGGUAAUAAUGUUGGGUUUGAAGAAAUUCCUCCUACUCACCCCUCAGAUUUUGUUAUUCCCCUGUCUAAAUCUUCACUCGACUCCCAUAAUAUAACCCCGCUAAGCCGACAUGAUCAUCAACAUAGCUUGAAUUACAAUGGUUCCAACGACUCCAUCGAUACCCUGUACGUUGGCUAUGGUAAGUCUGCAAGUUUGUCCAACGAGACACUUUACCCAAGUUCUGAUGCCAUUACAGAUCGUUUUUAUAAUGUAAAUACCUCCUUCCGUGAUAAAAGUCGUUAUAUUUAUGACAGAGCAAUAUACCUGAGCAAUAUACAGAAGAGGAAAUCAUUUUCCAAUACUUACAUUAAAAGGGCCCAGUUUUACAAGACUAAGAUCUGCUUAUGGCACCUGAAUGGGCGAUGUUUCAUGGGAGAAGACUGCAAUUAUGCCCAUAGUUUCAGCGAGUUAAAGGAGAAUCCGGAUCUCAGGAAAACCACUUUAUGCACCGAAUUGAAGCAAAAACUUACGUGUACAAAUCCUGCUUGCCCCUAUGCGCAUUCUCAAAAGGAAUUAAGGGCAAAUAAUUUUCUAUUCAAAACUAGUGUUUGCAAGUUUUGGAAAUAUGGGCGAUGUCCCGCCGGUUCAACAUGUCGUUAUGCCCAUGGGUUUGAAGAAGUGAGAAAUCCCCUUGAGGUAUUUAAAGGUCCAUUAUGUCGAUUUAAUAAUAAUAAAAGUGAGUUGUCAACGUCCCAAAAUUCGUUUGGAACAAAGAGUAUGUCUCCAAUGUUACACGCUGAAAAUUUUGCUCAGGAAUCUGUCCAGGAACACUGGAACCAAAACGAUACGAUUUGUAGAAUAACUCUCCAAUCAACAGAUACAGAAUCAGAUAUAUACUCUCGUAUGAUUUAA